AUGCGCUUCGUCUCUUUACUAGUUGGCCUUCUUGGUCUUUUUUUUUCGGUGAGUAUUGGCUAAGACGUCCAUUUAGCCAUACUAAAGUGUACAUCAAUAGGCCAUCGCAAACCCACUUCCUUCCAACCCUUCUCCAGUUCCAUUCUCUCCUCUUGGGACUGCAUCUCGUCAUCCCUCUGCAGCAGACCUAGAAACUAGCGACAAUAUACGCUCUAUGGCCCUCACAGAAUCUCCACAGAUUGCUAAGCGUAACAAGGUACUGUAAGCCCGUGUCAUUCGCCCGGAUCUAUCAUUCAUCGAUACAUAUUCAAUGGGAACAUAUACUCACUUGACCACAGGACAAACUUUAUUGCUGUUCCGAUAUCCCAAGUCAACCAUGGAAAUACACGUCACGACUAGAUAUCGAACAAGGAAUCAACUAUCUCUGGGACUAUUGGCCAAAAGGGUUGGCAACCAUAUGUAUCGAGUCCAACACAUGCCAACGGUUGACUUGCUAUGGUUCAGGGGAAAUAAAAUUAUGCAACGAUGUAAGUUUGCCCCCCUCGCUGUGUUAAUACGAAAUUGUUACAUCUUUUGAGGAUUGAUAACUAACAUUUGAUGUCGGAUUAAAGAACGAUUACCAAAUCUGCCCUAACCUUUCGUACCUUGCAAGUUACGCCGAAGAUAUUGUGCGCACUUGCAAUUACCCAGACAAUCAAUACGUGUGCGGGCAGUAUUUUGAUACAGAUGGAUAUAAGUAAGUGAUGUUGCAUUCUUGAGAAGCUAAUGGCAUGGCUGAAUAUGAAUAGUGUCAUUGUCAAGCAGGCAAAUGACAAAGUUGUGUUGAGCGAGCGAAAUGGUCGAUGA